GAGGUGAAGGCGUCCGUCGGCGUGGCGCUGGCCCGGCAGCUGGUGCCCCGGGAGGCGGUCCUGGUGGACUCCAGGGAGGAGGCGCAGCGGCGGCUGCCGGAGCUGCUGGCCGAGGAGAUGCUGGGCGUGGACUGCGAGGGCGUGGCGCUGGGGCGGUGGGGGCGGCUGUGCCUCUGCCAG